AUGUGCGCUGAAGAGGUCAAAUCAGAUUUUCUUUAUGUCAAAGACUGCUCUGAUAUUUAUGCGAGUGGAUAUAGCACCACUGGUGUGUACACCAUCACCACAGCAGAUGGACCGGUGCAGGUCUACUGUGAUGUGGAGGCUGUCGAAAAAACUGAAACGGGACACUGGCUGGCGAAUGGACGGCGAGAGUUUCUUCAUCAGUUGACGCGUAAGGAUCAGUUUAAACUCAGAGUAGAUUUGGAGGACUUUGAUGGGAAUAAGGCUUACGCUGUGUACAAGUCUUUCUCUGUGGGCUCUGAGUCUGAAGGGUACAAACUGCAUGUGAGCGGCUUCGUCGACGGAGGAGCAGGUGACUCUUUAUAUUAUCACAAUGGGAUGAAGUUCUCUACCUAUGACAACGACCAAGAUAAUUCAGGGAGCAAUUGUGCUAUGAUAUAUUUUGGAGGAGGGUUUUGGUACAACAAAUGUUAUUACACAAACCCCACUGGGCACUAUUUGUGGGAGAAUGAUGGGACAUUAAUGGACACUGGAGCCACCUGGUACUAUUGGAAGAACAGCUGGGAUCCUCUGAAGUCCAUCACCAUGAAGAUCAAACGUGUGAAGUAGAGCUGGGCUUACAAACGCUUCACUGCAGCUUUUUGUGCACUCCACAGCUUCAUGCAUAUAUCUUAAAAUAUGGUGACAAACAAGUCCAUUUUUAUGAUGAAAAUUGUUUCAAAACGUGAAGAAAUUUUUAAUAUGAAACAAUUUCACUCAUAUUCUCUUGAAUUAAAAAAUAUAUAUAAAAAAUAAUUUGGCAGGUUCCUGAAAAAUCCUUUGCCCUUUAAAAAAAAAAAAAAAAAAAACUGUGUUGAAAUUCCAGGACUUGACUUGAUGAUGUUUAGGGUUAUAUUCAUGCAGAAUUAUUAAAAACUAUCAAGUGUUCACAAACUUUUAAAGCAGCACUGUAUGUUAUAUAAUUUAAACUACCAUUAUUUCAUAGCAUUAUGCAAUAUUAUAUACAAUUUUGUAGAAUGUUGUAAGAAAUUAAUCUUUUAAUCACAUCACGCUGGACAUUUCAGUGUUUUAGAAACACAAAAACUAAAUUUGUCACCUGGAAUGUCACCAGAGAGAUAUUUUGCUUGCAGGACCGUUUUUAAACAUCCACACCAGACUCAGUAAAAAAUGUCUAUGUUUCUUUGUUCACAGGUAUAUUGUCUGAUUCUCUGUUCGCCAUUGCAUUUGUAAGACUGCCAGCAGUAACAUUUACAGAAAGGGGUGUCCACAUAGUUUUAGCCAAAUUUUGAAAUGAAUGAUGCCAGUAAAUGUACAAAUACACAGAUAAGACAAUGACAGAACGGGGUCUUAAACCCAACCUUAUUUCACUCUUGCACAGGUUUAGGAGUCUGGUCUGGGCUGCUUUUCCUAAAAGCAUGGUAAGCCUUAAUUCAGGUUUCAGUGGGACUAUGAUGUACUUAAGGUUACAAUGCUUUUGGGAAAUGCAGCCCUGAUCUGCUGUGUUUCUGUUAAAUAGACCUGACAUAUUUCAGUAGUUAAUUCAUGAGUGAGGUUCACCUAGUGUUGCUUGGACAUUAGAUCAAUAUGUCAACAUUUCAUGACACUGGAAGAAUUUCAACACAUCUGUUGUGAAAAAGUGCAGUCACCGUUGUGCUUCAAGUUCAUCAUGCCAGCGAUCUAGCGAUAGCAAGACUAUCUUGAUCAUUUUUCAGAGAGUCGUUUUUCAAGUUGUCACAGAAGAAGAAGGUUAAUUUUGCUCAAAUCCCUGGCAUCUUUAGAAAACUUUAGUUAUUAAUGUGUAAAAUUAAAUUCACUUACAUUUUUGAGAGGAAAACAUUUUGUGGGUGAAAUCCUGUCGUUUCAAAAGGCAUCAGUAGGUUUGGCAGUUUCUCUUUUCCCAGCUCAUGGCUUUUUUUUCACUGUGAUUGUUCUGUAAUUAAUUAUAUUGAACAUUUUAUAAUAUGCAUGGCAUGGGGGUCUUUAUCUUAUUUUCUCUUUAAAUAAAAUGCAAUGGGAGCUGCUGUUGCUAUAGUACAGAAUAAAACUUAAUACUCAUCACA